UCUCUCUCUGCCCCUUUCUCUCCACCCCCCCCCCCGCCCUGGAUAUGCUAGCUGACUCUCCUCCCCCUUGCAAACCAAGGCCGCCCCUUCCUGUUGGCUUUCGACUCUCCUGCUGGCGGGGAGAAAACGAAACUUUCAGUUCUCCGCCUGCCGCCCGGAGAAGAACCGGAGCAGCGAGAUUUCCCACCCUCUUUUGUCCAGCGGCUGCAGCUGCGGCCUCUCCGCGCUUCCAAGGAGGGGAAGGCAGACGUCGCCACCUACCCAGCCGAGCCCGCUUUGUUCCCUCCUGCCUCCGGUAUCCAGGGACGCAUUGGGUGCGUUGAGUCUGGGCGAUGGAGGGAGACUUCCAGUUCCUGUUGUGCGAGAGAUGCAAGAGAGAAGCUAAGAACCCCAAACUCCUAGACUGCCUGCACACCCUCUGCCUCGAAUGCCUUGAGGAAAAUAAGCCCAUCGGGCAGUGCCCGGUAUGUGGCAGCUCCGCCCAGGCCUCGGACAGAUUUCCCCUUCAGGAUAACUUGCUUUUCUCCAAACUUCAGGCCAAGCUGAACACCUACCAGAAGAUCGUCAGCAAUCAAGAGCUGCUUUGCAAUCUCUGCAAAGAAGCGGCGGAGUUUUGGUGCGAGGAGUGCGAGGAAUUCCUGUGCCCGAAGUGUUACGAAUCCCACCAGUGGUUCAUGAAGCAGAAAAGCCACGAGACCCAACGGCUCAACGACCUGAAGAAAGAGACGGCCCACGGCUUUCUGGAAGGGGUGAAGAAGUCUUGUACCCUCUUUUGUCCCGAGCCCAACCACAACAAUCAAGUCAUAAGCAUCUAUUGCCGUGGCUGCCGCAAAGCACUCUGUUGCUCUUGUGCCCUGCUCGAUGGAGAACAUUACAACGCCAAGCUUUACAGUGACAUCCGCACGGAAAUUGAGAACCGGAAGGAGGAACUGAACAGGCUGAAGGAGGAGAUCGGGGAGAAGAAGGUGAGUUACGAGAGUACCCACAACAAUGUCCACGAGCGGCUGAAGAAGCUGGAUAUGGUGCGGAAUGAGACCCAUGGGCUUAUCCAGAAGAAGGUUGGGGACAUGAUCCAGUGGAUCCAGCAGAAGGGGGAGGAGCUUUUGAACAAAGUGGACCGCCAAUUGUGCCAGGAGCGAGAAGAAGCCAGCAAGAAGCUGGAGUCCACGGAACAGAUCCUCAAGCGAAUAGAAGCCGGGGAGCAGCUGGUGGAGAAGAUGGGCCUCUUUGCCUCUGACCAAGAAAUGAUGGACAUGCACCCCUUCAUCAAGGAGUCCCUGGAGAGACUCAAGAAAGUGAAGCUGCCCGUUUCCAGCUUUCCGAGCCAAGUGGAGAACUUCGACGAGAUCCGAAGGGACCUCCAAACUCUGCUUAAGAGAGUCAAAGGAGAAGAUGCUUUUGGGUGCACUGUUCCCACGCCUGGAUCUCCCAGUCCCAUGGUCAAUUCGGAAAGCCAGCACAAUGAGAAACCUGAAAUCUCCAAAUCUCCAGGGAUGAAACAAAAGAGAGCCACGUACACCGUCAGCGUUGCCAAAACAUUACAGGGCUUUGCCACGUCGAUGAGCCCGCCCGCCAAGCGAUCGAUAAUCCAGGUGAACAAGUCCACCCAGGCUUCUCCCAAGAUGAUGAAGUUGGAAGAACAUGGGUGCGACGAUUCUGAGGUCUCCGACCAGCAAGAGCAGGAGAACGUCCUUGAGUCUCGGCGGCCUCCGUUCCGCGAAUCGACCCCAGAACAUCAGCAUAGAGGACCUGCCAAGCUGUUGGUGAUUGGAGAAGAUUCCCCUCCUGAGAUUUGUGAAUCAGAGGCGGCCAGCAUUGUGAUCAGCAGCUCCGAGGAAAGCGAAGAAGACACUGUGUGAGAAGAGAAGUGAUCCCCUGCUUUUUCCAGACGGGUUUCCAGUAAGCCGGGCCUGAGUUGGCAGCCACCGGAUGGAUGUACCAUUGGCCUUUUUCUCCUACGCUGCUUCUAAUCACAUCCCUAAAGAGUGAACAGCUGCCUCCAAGCACCGUGGUUUCCCUCCAGGGCUUUUUACGUCAUGGAAAAGUCUCUCUUUUUCCCCUCCCUUCUGCACAGUUUUACCCAGCUUAUAAUUACAAGCCCUGAAUCAUGAAUUGCUAAUCUUUUCCUGAUCCACAAGCCGUGAUUCAGAUAUUUUAUCUCUCUCUUCUGCUCCUGGGGUGUGGGUACCUGCUUUUUAUGGUAGGAGUUCCUUCCAAAUAGACUUGGGGUGAGGUUUUUAUUUUUUUUUUAAUUUUGCCUGAUUUAUAGCUCAGUAGGGAGGCGGUGGCUCAGGAGCUAAGACGCUGA